GAAAGACAUAGGGCGCGAUGAUGUAAAGUAUUUACAUGUCUGGUAACCUUCUUGCAAAAAAUGAGGGGUACCGGCGCCUUGCUUUGAAAUACAACAGCAGCAACACCGAGUCAUAAAGGCGUGAGCGGCACACUUCACAAUACGAGCUCUUUAACGUUACCCAUUUGUACAUAUCUGCCCUCACAUUGAGUCCAUCCCGACAUCAUACCACUACAACACUACAUACGGCUCCAACAAUAUGUCGUCACCCGAACCUUACAAAAUACACGUGCCCGAUGCCAGCAUCGAAAAGCUAAAGCGCAGACUUGAAGACACAGACUACCCAGAUGAGCUUGAAAUCGACGACCAGUGGCGCUAUGGAGCGCCCACGUCAGAUGUAAAGCGAUUAGCAGAGCAUUGGCGCACCGGGUUCGACUGGCGCAAAACAGAGGCCGAGAUCAACGAGCUGCCCAAUUACCGCAAGAAAGUGUCUGUCGACGGCUUCGGAGACAUAGAUCUCCACUUUGUAUGGCAGAAGAGCGAGGUCGAGGGCGCGAUUCCCCUGCUAUUUUCCCAUGGUUGGCCCGGAUCAUUCCUCGAAGUAAUGAAGCUCCUUCCCUUGCUGAAGGGUGAUGGUGAUAGUCCCGCCUUCCACAUUGUAGCUCCCUCACUCCCAAACUUCGGCUUCUCCCAACGCAUCACCAAGCCAGGCUUUGCGUUGGAGCAGUACGCACAAACGUGCCAUCGCCUGAUGCUCGACCUCGGAUACCCCAAAUACAUCACCCAAGGCGGCGACUGGGGCUUCUACAUCACGCGCACAAUGGGCCUGCUUUACCCCAACGCAGUGCUCGCCUCCCACAUCAACAUGAUCCGCGCACACGCGCCUUCCUUCGCCUCACAACCAGCUCUCGCGCUACAACACGCCCUAACCCCGUACUCAGACGCCGAAAAGAAGGGCCUUGAGAGAAGCGAGUGGUUCACGAGCGAGGGCCAGGCAUACCGCCAACUGCAAGCCACAAAGCCGCAAACACUCUCCUACGCCUUCGCGUCCAGCCCCGUCGCGCUACUCGCCUGGAUCUACGAGAAGCUGGUCGACUGGACGGACGGGUAUCCCUGGACUGAUGACGAGAUCCUGACGUGGGUCUCAAUCUACUACUUCAGUACCGCGGGCCCGAACGCACACAUACGCAUCUACUACGAGGCCAGUCAUAACCCAACGGCGGCGGUUCCCAGCCGGGAACGCCUGAGCGAGUGGAUUGGGCGAGUGAAGUUAGGGCUUGCACACUUCCCGAGGGAAAUCACGGUUGUGCCACGGGUGUGGGGGAAGACGCUGGGCAACGUUGUGCACGAGAGCGUGAAUGAGCGGGGUGGGCAUUUCGCGGCGUGGGAGAGGCCAGAUGUCAUUUCGAAGGAUUUAAGGGAUAUGUUUGGGAAGAAGGGGCCGUUGUAUAAUGUAGUGCCUGGAAAGAGUGGGUAUUGA